UGUGAGAUUCGUUCUGGAAAGAGGUUUGACCUCUUAUGACCCGGAAGCUGACGGCAGACCCGAGCUGUUCCAUUGGUGGAGUAAAGAUGGCUGAUCAAGGCGCCGCAGAUCCUGGUAAUAACAACAAUAAUAAACCUGAAGCCUCGGAGGGAACUAUUAUUAAGGUCACAGUGAAAACCCCGAAAGACAAAGAAGAGAUCGCCAUCGCAGAGGAUGCCUCUGUCACUCAGUUCAAAGAAGAGAUCUCGAGGCGGUUCAAAGCCAAACAGGACCAGUUGGUUCUGAUUUUUGCAGGGAAGAUCUUGAAGGACGGCGACAGCCUCAGCCAACAUGGCAUCAAAGAUGGCCUGACAGUUCACCUAGUCAUUAAGACAGCACACAAGGCAGGAGAUGGUGGUAGCACCUCGGCCUCUAGCUCAGCCUCCGCUCAAGCAGGCAGUACAUCCACCUCUAGUCCAGGCACCAACCCCUCCUCCACAGCAGGCUCUACUGGCUCUGCCCCACCUCCCACACAGACGCCCAACAUACUGACUGGCUUUGGUGACUUGGCGAGUCUGGCUGGACUGGGCAUGGGCUCGGCUAACUUCAUGGAACUGCAGCAGCAAAUGCAGAGGCAGCUCAUGUCCAACCCAGAGAUGCUUUCUCAGAUCAUGGAGAACCCGCUGGUGCAGAACAUGAUGUCCAACCCAGACCUGAUGAGGCAGAUGAUCAUGGCCAAUCCUCAGAUGCAACAGCUGAUGGAACGCAACCCUGAGAUCUCCCACAUGCUCAACAACCCUGAGCUCAUGAGACAGACCAUGGAGCUGGCCAGGAACCCCGCCAUGAUGCAGGAAAUGAUGCGGAACCAGGACCGGGCUCUGAGCAAUUUGGAGAGCAUCCCAGGAGGUUACAAUGCCUUGCGGAGGAUGUACACAGACAUCCAGGAACCCAUGUUCAGUGCUGCCAGGGAACAGUUUGGUAGCAACCCGUUCUCAGCUCUAGGUGGCAGCUCUGAGUCUGGUGCCCAGCCAUCACGGACAGAGAACCGGGAGCCCCUGCCCAAUCCGUGGGGCCCACCAAAUUCUUCUAACCCCUCUGAGAGUGGAGGGGGGACCACAGGAAGCACUAGCACCACUGGGGGCACCAACCCCAGUGUGUCCAACCCUCUGGGCAUAAAUCCUGGCAGUUUGGGCAACGGCAUGUUCAACAGCCCGGGCAUGCAGAGUCUAUUGCAGCAGAUCUCAGAAAACCCUCAGCUGAUGCAGAACAUGCUGUCUGCUCCCUACAUGCGCAGUAUGAUGCAGUCACUGGCUCAAAACCCAGAGUUGGCCUCCCAGGUUUUGAUGAAUAACCCCUUGUUUGCUGGAAACCCACAGCUGCAGGAACAGUUCAGAGCUCAGCUGCCAAUCUUUCUGCAGCAGAUGCAAAACCCAGAAGCCCUGUCAGUGAUGACCAACCCCCGGGCCAUGCAAGCUCUAAUGCAGAUCCAACAGGGUCUACAGACACUGCAGACAGAAGCACCAGGCCUCAUGCCCAGUUUGAUGUCAGGUGGAAUUCCUGGCAUACCCACAGGAGGGGGCAUGCCCACAGAGAACCCAGCCUCCUCACCCAGCAGUGCAGGAACAAACACCGCCCAGCAGCAGCUGAUGCAACAGAUGCUCCAGAUGUUUGCUGGAGGAGGUGGAGGAGGAAGUGCAACGACCCAGACCCCGGAGGUGCGGUUCCAGUCCCAGCUGGACCAGCUGAACGCAAUGGGCUUCAUCAACCGUGAGGCCAACCUGCAGGCCCUCAUCGCUACUGGAGGAGACAUCAACGCCGCUAUUGAGAGACUGCUGGGCUCACAGCCCUCGUAAAGACAUACAGUGCAUACUGACACACAGACACGUGCAUACAUACAUACCUAACUCAUACACACACCCAGUAUCUACAGAGAACCAAGAGAAAUUUAAGUGUAUUGUCCCAAACUUUACAGAAGAAACGUGGGCAGGAUCUGUAAGACCCUCAUUCUACAUCUGUUCUCAGAUCAUUCCCUAGUCCCCAUACUUUCUCUUUUUGGCGUCAUCCACCCAGAUCUCUGUCCCAGAGUGCUGCUGUAGAGCCGGACUGAACCACUCUCACCUUGAGGGGUGUUCUGAUGCAGAGAAAAGGAGUGAAAACCUCUCCUGAAAAGGGAUUCCCAACCAUUUCUUCAUUCGUUUUUUUUUUUUUCUUCACAUAAAACUGGAGUCGAGUGUUGCAGACAGACAUUUACACAAUACAGAUUAAACCCAUGUGAUGUGAUUGGCUGUUGGCUCUGUUUCGUACAUGGCCAUCAUGAGACAGUUUGUUAGCAUUUAAUGAGCAAAUCGAUACGUGAAGAUCUUCUGGUAUACAGACAGAACAUGAACAGGAAGAUAUCUUGUCAAUACAAGCAUUCAGUCUCAUUCCUUCCUCUUUCUCUGUUCUUGAGAUUCUACAUAAAUAGCUGUUUUUGCCCGACAAUUUUCACUAUUUAUUGCAAUUGCUUCAGAAAAUGACGCCCUCCACACUUCCCUAAACUUGUAAUUUGUCAUUCCAGAUAAAAGUGCCCACUCACGGGUGCACAGUGUCUUUUCCUUCUGAGGCACCACUGCUGUGCCUUCUGUCCUUCCCUGCCCUAUAAGAGCAUUAUUAGCAAAUUACACCCUCACUCAUUGGGUUAAUUAGAAACUCCCAAUAAAUUCCACACAGCUUCAUCCAGAACUGUAACCAUAAUCAAAUAUCACAUUGCAGCAGCUCUGAAGCAGAGGACACUGUUAGAAUGAAUAUGAAUGAAACAAACAAGCUUUCCUUCAUUUUAAUCUGAUUCUUCCCUUUAUUUUAUUUUUCUUUCUUUUUUUAGGUGCAGUUAGUACCUAGAGAUAAUUAUGAUUUGUCCUGCAUAAAAUAAAUGUGGAAAUCAAGUGAGUAAAAAAUUAAAUGAGUAAAUAAAUAAUGGAAAGGCUUUACAAACAAUUCUGGUAUGGUGACACCAUACGUUUCUAAAAUCAAGUUAUAGGUUGUCUCAUUCUUUCUCCUUUUUGAAAAUCUCAGCAUUGUAGUUGUGGUAACCUUGGCAACUGCUUCGAUAGCUUUGCUUUGUCUGUUGACCUCAGCUGGAAAAAAAAAAAUCUCCCAAUUGAACAUGUUGGAACUAACUUUUAACAGUACUGUACUAAAAAAAUAAAACAUGGUCAAAUACAGUCAA